CGGAUUGAGAAAAGCAAACAAAAUCCUGUAUAAAACGCAGCAAAGGUGAGGUAGGUAGAGGCGGUGUGUAUGAAUUGAAUUAGUUAUCAUUGAACAGAACAGAGCGAUCUCGCUAGAGCUCCAAUCCAUGGCUGCUUCAACCGAUGGCUUGGUGCCGAUCACAAGACCAUUUCUUGCUUCUUACUAUGACAAAUACGUUUUCUCUCCUCUCUCCGACUCCGUCACGCAUCUCUCCGGCCAGCUCCACUCCAAUUCUCAACUCCUCCAGAAUCACACUCCUCUUUCUCAAGGUGAAAUAUCAUUAUUACAUGAAGCUGAGAAUCAACCUCCUCACAAAAUUGACGAGAAUAUGUGGAAGAACCGGGAGCAUAUGGAAGAAAUUCUCUUUCUACUGGAAAAAUCCCAUUGGCCAAUUGAGAUCCAACAACAAUCAACAAGUGAAGAGGCUGAACUUGCUUGUGUUCUUGGGAAGCUAAAAGAUAAGGUUGAGAACACUUUGAAGAUAUUGGAAUCUUUUCAAACUAAGAAUUCUGAAUCUAUUUUUAACACAGUUAUGACGUACAUGCCUCAAGAUUUUCGGGGUACCCUAAUUAGACAACAGAAAGAACGCUCAGAGAGGAACAAGCAAGCUGCGUUUGAUGCUUUAGUUCAAUCUGGUGCAAGUAUACAUGAUCGUUAUGCUUUGUUGUGGAAUCAACAAAUGGAACGGAGAAAUCAGUUAGCUCAGCUUGGAUCUGCGACUGGUGUCUAUAAAACUCUUGUGAAGUAUUUAGUUGGAGUGCCGCAGGUUUUACUGGAUUUUAUCAAGCAAUUAAAUGACGAUCAAGGGCCUAUGGAAGAACAGAGACAACGUUAUGGACCUCCUUUAUACAGCCUUACAAAAAUGGUGUUAUUCAUUCGACUUUUUCUUUCUCUGUCAUGGCGGCGUUACGAAGCUAUAAAAUUGCAAAAAGAUCAGAUAUCCAUCUUGGAAGAAGCAGUUGGCAUCUAUACCUCUGAAUUGGAAAGAUUCUUGAAAUUUAUUGGUGUGGUCUUCACAAAUUCUCCUUUCUUCAUUACAGCUGAGGAAGCAGGUGCAAUAGAAGCAGGAAAGAUUGAUGACUACAAAGAAAUUAUUAUUCCAUCGGGAAAAACUUAUGAGGUUUUACUGGAUGUUGAAUCUAUAAACUCAUAUAUUGCUUGGGAUUUUUCAAUAGUGCAAGGGAAAAUGAACAUGGACAUUGGAUUUAGCUUGGAACAUACAAGUUCAUCUGGAGCUAAAACUUUAAUGUUACCUUACCGGCGGUAUGAAUGUGACCAAGGCAAUUUCUGUACAUGCUUGGUUGGAAAGUACAAGCUUGUCUGGGACAACACAUAUUCAACGUUCUUUAAAAAGGUUCUCCGGUUUAAGGUGGACUGUAUACCGCCUGUGGUAGAGCCAUUAACUUCCGUGACUGAAGAACAAAAUGCUGGACUGUAGCUAGUCAAACUUAUCUAUACAUCUGCUUGUAUUAUAUACUGUUAUCUCAUUAAUGUCACCAAUGUAAGUUUGGGUUGCUCUGUUCCAAAUUUCUGGGUGGAUGUUUUUGACUGUCCACCGUUGAAGAAUUAUAUUAUCUCAGUUGUAUAUAAUUUGCUGCCAAAUCGGUGAGCACUGUUCGCACUGGUAGUCUGGAUCAACUGUUCAUUGGUGUGCAACUGUUUGGUUAUGACAAAUAUCUCAUUUUAAUA